GCUAGAGGCUCCACAUGAUCAACAGCAGUGCUUGAGUUUGAGCUAUCAUGUUUCGGGUUAAACGUUAAACCCACGUUCUAAUCGGCGCUCUACCGCCGAAAUCGGCUUUCACCGCCCUCGCCAUCACCAUAAAAGUUUACUUUCCUUGAUCUUCCAAUAACCGCUCAAAUCCUCUUUCUUGACUUUCCCUCUGUGUUUUAGUUUCAAACCUUAGACUAAUGCUGGCCAUUAACGCUGUCCGUCGUGCGCCUGCAAUUUUGCGCAGUGCUGCACCUCUUUCGACUUGGUCAGCCGUUCCAGCCGGCCCUCCUGACCCGAUCCUCGGUAUCACUGAGGCAUUCAAAGCCGACAAGGACCCUCGUAGAAUCAACCUUGGUGUUGGUGCAUAUAGAGACGAGGACGGCAAGCCGUACGUUUUGAACGCAGUCAAGAAGGCUGAAGAGAAGAUUUCUGCUGCUAAGCUCGACAAGGAGUACCUCCCAAUUACCGGGUUGCCUGGCUUCACGAGCAACGCAGCUAAACUAGCGUAUGGCGCUGCUAGCGUGCCACGGAACCAAAAUGCGAUUGCGGUGACUCAGUCUAUCUCUGGAACUGGUGCUCUCAGAAUCGGUGGUGCUUUCCUAGCAAGACACUACCCGCACUCCAAAACCAUUUACGUUCCCUCGCCCACAUGGGGCAACCACAUACCUCUUUUCAAGGAUUCUGGCCUGGAGGUUAAAUAUUACAGGUACUUUGACAAGAAAACUGUCGGUCUGGACUUUGAGGGCUUGAAGGAGGACUUGCAAAAUGCCCCAGAAGGAUCCAUUGUGUUGCUGCAUGCUUGUGCACACAACCCUACUGGAGUUGACCCCACUCAGUCGCAGUGGAAAGAUAUUUCGGACAUCGUUGCUGAGAAGAAACUUUUCCCUUUCUUUGACAUGGCAUAUCAGGGCUUUGCUUCGGGCUCGACUGAUCGUGAUGCAUUUGCUGUGCGAUACUUUGUCUCGCAAGGCCACCAGAUUGCUCUCUCACAGUCGUUCGCAAAAAACAUGGGUUUGUAUGGAGAGCGUGUUGGCGCGUUCUCUCUUACGACUGCCAAUGAAGAGGAGAGAAAGCGGGUGGACAGUCAAUUGAAGAUCAUUGUGCGCCCGAUGUACUCGAACCCUCCCCUGCAUGGUGCCCACAUUGCCAACACGAUUUUGUCGGACCCUGAACUCUACCAAGAAUGGGAGGGUGAAGUGAAAGGCAUGGCGGACCGCAUUAUCAACAUGCGUGAACGCUUGUACCAGCUGUUGAGCAAUGAUUUCCGGACACCUGGAGAAUGGAGCCACGUAAAGAGCCAGAUUGGCAUGUUCAGCUUCACCGGACUUAAUAAGGAGCAAUGCAAAGUCCUUGCGGAGAAGGCGCAUAUUUAUAUGACUAUGGAUGGACGUAUUUCGAUGGCAGGAUUGAAUGGUAGGAACAUCGAGUACUUCGCUAAGAGUGUGGAUGCAGCAGUUAGAGGUGACUUGUAGAACUGCCGAGAAAUAGAUCUUCCUUUUUGGGUUGUGUUGAUCCCCUU